GUAUUAAUUGAUUAUUCAAUAAUAAUUAGGCGACAGACGAGAGGUAGUCGUGCUCAUUAUCCGAAGAAACACAGUGGUGUCUUGCAAAGGAGGCUACGAAGUUCAACAAUAACUACGACUGUUUGAACGAGGAGUGAGAAAUUUGUUCAAGAAUUACCAGAGUUUGUCAAAAUUGCUGAUACGCUGUAUCGUCAAACGGAUUAUCCCUGUCUACCUCAAGAAAUACGUUGCAGAAUACGAGAAAGCACGUGUGCCAAGUGUGGCAAAAUCCUGGUGGGAAAUAUCAAAAGACGUUGGAGAUAACGUGAGUUAACGGUAGAAACUUUAGCAAGUAGAUUAUCAAGAAGAUCGUGUAGUUAUGAAGAAAAUGGGAUCAACACUGAGGCCCAGAGAAGUUGAUGUUGACCAGCCCAGUCAGACCGAGCAGUUAUCCAAUUGGAUUGGUAGAAUUCGCACUAAGAAGAUAAUUUGUAAAAGAAGUCGAAGGCGUGAUUUACGUAUGGAAGCUGUACUAACUUAUGCAUUAUCCAAGGCUGAAUUGGAAUUAAGAAACAAGCAGACAUUGAGAUAUAUAAAGUGGCAACAAAUGAAGAAGAGAAUGACGAACGAUAGAGAUUUCAAGGAAAAUGAUCUCUAUUGCCAUGAUGAUUUAUCAUAUAGUGAUAUUUGCAAAGAGAGGGAUAAUCCAUGGCAAGGUCCACUUUGUCCUGAACUCAGUAGUUUGGAUAGUUUUAUGUCCAAACUAAGCAAGAUUAAGAUUCCUCUGCAACGAUGAAGCAAAGCUCUUAUUGCUUUGAUGCUGAAACUACUUGAUACCAGGACCUGAAACGUCCUGAAUUGAAUUCUAAAGUAAUCCUGAGGAUCUACAUCUUCACUGGGGUCACCAAGCAUCAUCAGUGUCAUCGAUGUCAUCAUCUUCAAGAGGAAAUCAGAAGGAGACAUUCUGCAGUUCUUAGGAUAUACAAUGGGAGCAGAAGUCACAUCACUACCCUGGUGUAUAUCUGGAUAUUUUUUAC